AUGGGUCACCAGCAGCCCAACCCUCUCCUCUGUCAGUCGUGUGGUUUUUCAGGGACAGUGUCUCCGCGAGUCUGCAAUGAGGUGACUGCACCAGAUCAUCACAAAGGGGCCUUGUCAGGUCUCAAGUCAUCAGCGGAACACUUACCUAGCAGGCAAAGCCUGUACUACCAGGGGCCCACCCUCCAAAAGAUCAUCUUUUAUUUUGGGGGUCCCCUAUAUAGCUUCUUUAAAUUCCUGAGAAGAGAUUUGCCUCAAAGAGCUUUGGAGGUCGUGGAUGGCAGCCAUGGUGCUGAAGAGUCUCAGGAAUUUCCAUGCCACUGCGGGGAAUCCCAGUUAUUUCACACCACCAGCGAGGCACCUGGCCUCUUCCCUCCAGAGACCAGAAUGCUUCAAAAGUCCCGAGCACAACCACCAGAAGAGAGCAGAAGGAAGCCAGUUUUGGGGAAACUUGGCACGCUGUUCACGGCAGGAAGGAGAAGGAGCAGCAGAAACGGGCCAGGGAGUCCCACCCGCUCGAGCGCCACAUCGGCGUCUCCCAGAGAUGUGAGCCCCUCUAAGCUCCCUGAGAGUGCGAAGAGUCAGCGUCAGGGCAGCCAGCCGGAGCAGCCGGACGCGAGCCAGGAGCGCCCCCCGCACGAGCAGCCCCGGGGGCCGGAGGGCGAGCGCUCCGAGAGCGGCGUCCACGCGGCCCCCUUGACGCCGGGCUGCUCGCGCGGCAGCGCGGCGGCCGGGCAGCAGGGCCCGGACAGUGAUUCACUCCAAUUAGAGGCUCGGGAGGCAGGGGGAGAGACUUUCCCAGAGGCCACCGCCGCUGCGAGGCAGCUGCAUUCCUCACCAGGGAAUUCCUUCAGGCGAGAGGACGCAGAGACGCCCGCCCGCCGUCCGGGGGAGGACGCGUCG